UUUGUUCUGCAGUGUAGCCGUAGCCCCCACUGUUCGUACGGCCCUACACUGCUUCCUCGCCGUCACGAAAGUCGUGAACGAACACCUGAGUAUAAUCUUCUGUUUGAGGAUGGCCGCGAUGCUGUCUAACUGUUCGCGGCUUAUGCCUCGUGCAAUAACCCGAAUUAGUAUAACACGCACGAAGGUUGUGAGAUCGUUUAGUAGUCAAGGGCGCAUACUAUUUAUCCACACCGAACAUGUGAUCAACAAGAAUUCUGAAUUGUGUACAAAAUAUAAGAAAUUUAAUUAUUGGGUAGACCAGGCAAGACAUAUUCAUUCAACACCUUCGUUAUGGGAAAUAAAGGAAGUUGUAGUCCCGGCAUUUGCGGAAAGUGUAAGCGAAGGAGAUGUAAGAUGGGAAAAGAAAGUUGGUGACCAAGUUAAAGAAGAUGAUGUCCUGUGUGAAAUUGAAACAGAUAAGACUUCAGUUCCUGUACCGUCACCUGGUGGGGGUGUAAUCAAAGAAAUUUUUGCUAAAGAUGGUCAAACUGUAAAGCCAGGACAGAAAUUAUGUACCAUUGACAUUGGUGCUACUGGUGGAGCUGCACCAGCAGCGUCGAAACCUGCUGCAGAAGCACCUUCUGCACCUCCUCCUCCUCCUCCCACAGCAGCUCCUCCACCUCCUCCCACAGCAGCUCCUCCACCACCACCACCUCCACCACCACCACCACCACCACCAUCAGCAGCUGUACCACCUCCAGCUGCUAAACCUCCUCCUCCACAAGCACCUACAGCCUCAAUGCCAGUUGCUGCCAUUAAACAUGCACAGUCUCUAGAAGGCGCUAAAGUUCAAUUACCUCCUGCUGAUUAUACACGCGAAAUAAUUGGUACUAGGACAGAGCAGCGUGUGAAAAUGAAUAGAAUGCGACUACGUAUUGCAGAACGAUUAAAGGAGGCUCAAAAUACGAACGCUAUGUUGACGACAUUUAAUGAAAUUGAUAUGAGUAACAUUAUAGAAUUCCGUAAAACGAAGCAAGAAGGUUUUACGAAAAAAUAUGGUUUAAAGCUUGGAUUUAUGAGUCCAUUUAUUGCAGCAAGUGCCUAUGCUUUAAAAGAUCAACCGGUGGUAAACGCUGUAAUAGACGGCACCGAUAUUGUUUAUAGAGAUUACGUUGAUAUUAGUGUCGCAGUUGCAACGCCGAAGGGUCUCGUGGUACCAGUACUUCGUAGUGUAGAAAACAAGAACUUCGCUGAGAUUGAAAUUGCUCUAGCCGCGUUGGGCGAUAAGGCAAGGAAAGGCAAAAUAUCAGUGGAAGACAUGGACGGCGGAACCUUUACAAUAAGUAAUGGUGGUGUCUUUGGUUCCCUCAUGGGAACACCUAUUAUUAAUCCACCACAAAGUGCAAUUCUUGGAAUGCAUGGAGUAUUUGAUAGACCUGUUGCAAUAAAAGGCGAGGUAAAAAUUCGUCCAAUGAUGUACGUAGCUUUAACAUACGAUCACCGAUUAAUUGAUGGACGCGAAGCUGUAUUGUUCUUAAGAAAGAUCAAGGAUGCUGUAGAAGAUCCCAGAAUUAUUUUAGCUGGCCUUUAAAUACUGCUUUUGUUUACAAACUGGAGAUACUCUUGAAUAUAUUUACCGAUCAUUGUGAUAAGCGAAAGUACGGAAAAAUAUCACACGAAUACGAAAUAGCAUCUGAAAUGUUUUUAUUCGAGAACUUUACCAUGUAUCGAAGUAUUAUUUUAAACAAUUGAUAUCUCAGUAUUCAACUUUGAGAUCUCUAUGACACGCGUUA